AUGAUUUUCCAGGCUGGCUACAACUUGUUCUGGCUGGACUUCGUGCAGUCGCCGAUCAAGGUUUCCGUAGCCCUACACAAGUUGGAGGAUGUCGUGAAGCACUUCUUCCAGGCCCCUGAGAGGAAGCUCCCGUAUCAGAUCAAGAGUUGCAUCUCGUCGGGGAACUUUCCGGAUGACAUGAAAGGCCACGUGGAGGCGCUCAGCCCGCUUGAGUUCGCAUGGGCUCCGGUGGUGGCAGCCGCCAGAGACAUCAAGGCGAGCCUAGGGGAAGAGGACUUGCAGAAAUGGCGGGAUCUCUUCUUGUGCGCAUCCAUGGAAGUGAAGUACGUCGACAGCAUGGAGAAGCGGUUGUGGGCCUCGCACCAAUGCCGCGAGGACAUGAUGGAGAUCGGUGAGACGGCCAAAUUGAGCACAAUCGAAAAGAUAUUGGCCAUCAUGGAGACGAAGGCCAUGUUGGAGAAGCUGCAUGGCGGCAAGACGAUGGGUGCUGAAGCGCUGGAGACCGCGUGGAGGGACAACGUCAAGGUCUCUGAGAGCGGCCGCAACAAGGAGGAAGCCAUCAAGGUUGGCCUCAUCGACGCGGCGGUGACCGUGUACAACCGGCUUCUGACAGAGAACGACAUGGAGCGGUUUUUGAGGCAGACGGAGGCCUGGAAGAAUGGCCCGGUGUUUGACAGCAUCUACCAGCUGGAGGCUCCCCUUCUUUAUAGAUAG